GAAGCACGGCGUCGCGGUACGAUCGCCCGCCAUUUUGUUAACGAAAUUCCGUGCAUUUAAUUAAAAAUAAACCGUACGUGACUAGUGAUGUGUUUGUGUUUUUAACGUUUUAUGGAGGUUUCCAUAGUUUCGCUAUUUACACAAGUGUAUAUGAAACCCUAUGUGAGAACGGAGAAACAAUCGGAUAAUUCAGAAGGAAUAGUGUAACGAACCGAAAAACGAAUUUAAUAUAAUAAACCUUUCGAAAUUCAAAAAGAAAGUAACCGAACAUUCCAUACAUAAUAACUAACGCUUAACCAAUAAAGUUGCCAUAUUAACAUUUAACAAGCUUUUGUAAUUAUAAGUGAAACGGAAAAGGAGUUGUGAGUAAUCGCUAUAAAUUAAGUGAAAAAAAAAUUGUGUCAAGAGCAAAAAGUGUGUGUCAAGGGGUCUCAGCAACUUUCCUUUUGUGGAGCCGACUGGGUGACAUCGGUUUCAAUAAAACUGUGGUGGAUCGUUUAAAACUGACCUCGGUAGUUCUCGAUUCCAUUGUGGAGGGAUUUUGGCGGAUUCCUUCAUAAUAACUCGUGACUGCACCGCGACAGAACGAUAAAAAAAACGAAUUCGAAUUUAAAUCAACCGCUGACCUCUUCAGAACUAUAAAGAACCUAAUACAAAUAACACCGUGUUAAUACAGUGUUCGUUAAAAAAACUGGUGCUAUGAAGUGAGUGUUUAAACAUGUCAACGCAAUCGUACUACAAGGAACGCCUCGGGUUCGACCCGCAAGAGGCGAUGCAGGAUGGCGUCAACGGAGGCUCAUACUAUGAUGGGCCUCAUCAACCGAAACGGCAUCGUGGUGAACCGCACCAAAAGGACAGCCACGACCAAGUAUAUGAGGAGAAUUUGACAAAAUUUAAAGGUACAACUUGUUGGGACUUCUUUAUUCAACAGUCAGAUGAACGGGACGCGAUACAGAAGAAAACUUUCACAAAAUGGGUCAACAAACACCUAAAAAAGACUUAUACAAGGCUUCACGUUUGUGAAAUCGUCAAUAAUCAACCAUGUUGCCCACCCCAGCAAGUGAACCGUCACGUGAACGACCUCUUCGAAGAUCUUCGCGAUGGACUCAACCUUAUCUCGCUGCUGGAGGUGCUUUCUGGCGAACACCUCCCGCGCGAAAGAGGCCGCAUGCGGUUUCAUAUGCUCCAGAACGUACAAAUGGCCCUGGAUUUCCUACGGUACAAGAAGAUCAAGCUCGUCAACAUUAGGGCAGAGGACAUCGUCGACGGGAACCCGAAGCUCACCCUCGGGUUGAUAUGGACUAUCAUCUUACACUUCCAGAUCUCAGACAUAGUUGUCGGCCAAGAACCGAACGUGACAGCGCGAGAGGCGCUGCUUAGCUGGGCCCGGCGAUCUACGGCGAAGUACCCGGGAGUCAGAGUAGCAGACUUCACAUCAUCAUGGAGAGACGGGCUCGCGUUCAAUGCGCUCAUACACAGGAAUCGUCCUGAUCUGAUUGACUGGCGUAAUAUCAGAUCAAGACAAGUCCGUGAGCGCUUGGAGACCGCAUUCCACGUUGUUGAGAAAGAAUACGGAGUCACCAGGCUUCUGGAUCCCGAAGAUGUGGACACUCACGAGAUCGACGAGAAGUCCCUCAUCACGUACAUCUCCUCCCUGUACGAAACUUUCCCGGAGCCACCGGCGGUACACCCACUGUUCGACGCGGAGUCGCAACGUCGCGCCGCAACUUACACCGAGCAAGCGGCCCAACAUCGCGCGUGGCUGCAUGAAAAAUGUUCCCUGAUGCAGGACCGUGCUUUCCCGUCGACUUUGAUCGAGAUGAAAAAGUUGUUAAGCGAGAGCACGCGGUUCCGCAAUGAGGAGGUGCCGCUGCGACAGCGUGAAAAACAGAAGCUCUUCCAUCAAUACCGGGAACUCGAGAAAUACUUCGAAUCAGUUGGCGAGAUCGAAGUUGAACCGACUCUCCGACCGGAGGCGUUGGAGCAAGCGUGGGCGCGGUUAUUGAUGGCUGCGCAAGAGCGAGAGAGGGACCUUUCCGAUGAAAUACGACGCCUUGAGCGAUUGCAGCGAUUGGCAGAAAAGUUGCAUAGGGACAUAAAACAAACCGAAGCUGGCCUCGAUAACGUUGAACGUCAUAUCGAGAGUGAAAUACGCCGUGUGGAGCGCGGCGUGCAUCCCGCCGAAGCGAAGAUGGCCGCAGAACAGAUCGAGCAAGAACUUAGAACUAUGGAGCACACUAUACAGGAGAUGUUCCAAGACUCGCAUGCGCUGAGAGAAGGAAGAUAUCCGCAGGCCAACGACUUGCAUAGGCGGGUCCAACAAGUCCACGAUAGAUGGAUUAAUGCAAGACAAUCAUUCACCGGCCGGCUGGUACCACGGCUAUCUUCAGUACGUUUGCCGGUCCAACAGACCACAGUGCGGAGAGAAACACGAACUGUCUUAGAGACCAGAGUACACGACACUGAUCCGAAGUUCCAACAGUUACAGGAAGCUACGAAAUGGUGUAAAGAGAAACUAAAAAAACUUCACGACGCCGACUACGGAUCAGACUCACCGUCAGUACAACACGAAUUAGAUAAGCACCAACGAGAACAUAAACAAAUCGACCAGUUCCAUUCCAAGGUGGAACAAUGUGUACAUAACAGAUCAAACUUCAGUGGCGAAGAGCUCAAUCUCUACAACCAACAUUUGAGUCAAUUGCAGAAGCUUUAUGCUGAACUAUUAUCUACUAGCACAAAACGAAUGUCAGAAUUGGACGCGCUUCAAGAAUUCCUCCAAUCUGCAACAGCUGAGCUGAACUGGCUCAAUGAGAAAGAACAAGUGGAACUCUCCCGUGAUUGGGCGGAUCCUCAUAUUAACUUACCCGCCGUACAACAUUAUUACGAGCAACUGAUGUCGUCGUUAGAAAAGAGAGAACUACAGUUCAGUAAUGUGAUCGAUAGAGGAGAGGCAUUGAUCGCGCAACAUCAUCCAGCCAUGAAGACUAUUGAAGCUCACUUACAGGUGAUGCAAUCGCAAUGGGCGUGGGUGUUACAACUAACUCUUUGCCUAGAGACCCAUCUGAAGCACACCACACACUACCACAACUUCUUCGAACAAGUUAAAGACGCUGAGAAAUGGAUACAGAAACGCGAAGAAGCUUUGAACACAACAUUCUCGCAAUCCGAAUUCACGCUUGACCAAGGCGAACGCCUGCUCAAAGGUAUGCAAGAACUUCGCGAAGAGUUAAACGAACAGGGCGCAGCUAUAUCCAGACUGGUAGAAGAAGCGCAGGAGAUCAGACCGGUUAAGCAACGCCGCACGCCUGUCACACGGCCUUUAAGGGCUGAGACUGUAUGCGCUUAUAAGCACGCCAACGUGGCCAUAGAGAAGGGGUCAGCGGUUACAGUAGUGGACAAUUCGGGACGUAGUCGCUGGCGAGUACGUUUGGGUGGAGCCGGCACUGAAGUCCAACUACCAGGUGCAGUGCUAGCAUUACCGCCGCCGUGCCAGGAGGCCCUCGACGCUUCCGGGGCACUACGCAAUGCAUAUGAUAGGGUCAUUCAACUAUGGCAGAGGAAGCAGCUCCGGAUGCGACAGAACAUGAUCUUUGCCACCAUCAAGGUGGUGAAAGGAUGGGAUUUCCCACAAUUCGUGGCAAUGGGCGCGGAACAGCGUCAAGCCAUCCGCCGUGCGCUCAAUGAAGAUGCAGAAAAACUCCUCGCGGAAGGCGAUCCUGCAGAUCCUCAGUUACGACGCCUGAGGCGUGAGAUUGAUGACGUCAACCGACUGUUCGACGAGUUCGAGCGACGCGCGAGAGCUGAAGAGGAUUCAAAGAAUGCAGCGCGUAUUUUUACCGAACAAUCGUCGAACCUGCUGGAAAGGCUGGAAGUUUUCGAACGGCAGCUGCAUGAGCGCAUCGCGAGCCACAUCCCAAGAGAUCUGGACUCUCUGGAACACCUAGUAUUACAACACAAAGACUGGGAAAGUAGUCUGCUUACGUUGUCGUCCGAUGUAGAAGAAGUGCAGACUACAUUUAGAGGCAUCGCGCUCAAGACGCCCGCAAUGAAGAAGAAUCUCGACAAGGUCAUGGGCAAAUGGAAUGACCUGCAAUCCAAGAGUCAGCUAUUCAUUGAAAGAUUAAAAUUCGUGGAAAUAGUUGUUAACAGUAUAGAAGAAAACAAUCAGACUAUAUCAGAAUUCGAGAUUAAACUUGCGCAGUUCAGCGAUUUGCCGAACGAUGUCGAACUGCUACAAGACAUUCACGAAGAUCUACUCCGAAUGCAAGUUGCAGUCAGCAAGCAACAAAUUCAAGUAGACCAAAUGAACGAUGACGCGGAGAACUGCCGUAGACUGGUAGAAAGCUCUAGGGCAUCCCUUCCACAUUCCUCUUUACCGAGAUCUGGGAAACAUAUAGACCUCGAACGUUUGGACAAAGAGGUCACGCAGCUGAAUAAUAGGUGGAACAAUGUAUGCGGUCAGCUGGCUGAAAGGCUACGCAGUUGCGAAGCAGCCUACCAACUGCUACGUAAUUACAACGCAGGAUUAGAAAAAGAGGCCGAAUGGAUCGACGACGCAUACAGCAAGCUGCAGGCACAACCGCCGAUCGAAAUCAGGCCCAAAGAACAGUUAGAGCCCACUAGGAUACUAUUGACAAGUGCUGUGGAAAGGACACCCAAGAUUGAAAAAGUAAAUGUAGACGGUGGAAGAUUCAUUCGAGAGGCAAAGAUUCACACAUCGAGAUGCCAGCGAUACGUCGAGUGGUUGUGCGAGGAAAUUCACCCAUCCCUCGACACAAGACAGCUAAAACGACAAGCGGACAUGGAGCUGGCAGAGCGUCUAAGAAAUCGAGGCUGCAUGGAUAUAGUCCCUGGCGAACAAAUACCUUCUGGCGCGGAAGCAGUGGCGAGGGAGCUGGACGAGUUGAACGCGAAACACCAAAGACUUCUGGACAUGUUAUAUGAGAGAUUACGAAGAAUAGCGGCUGCCAAUCCAGGAGAUAUUGUUACAUUGCGCCUCGUGGAGGCGAUGGCGCCGCGUUCAGCACGUUCUUUUCGUCAAGAAUUCAACAUGCAAGACCUCGCGACCACGGAACACACAUACACAACACAUUAUACCUCUGAAAAGUACGUCAGGACGUCACACUUGACAGAGCUUGAUGGGCAUGCGCCUAUCAAAUCAAUGACUAACGGCAAGUUGAACUCCCCUAACUAUACAACGAAAACAAUUAUCAGCGGCGAGGAUGACAGACCAGACGUACGAAAUCUUAAACGUGUUCAUAAAAUGUAUGAAGGUCCAAAUAUUAUAGAGUCCAGAGGUAUAGUUCAUCCCGAAACAAGGGAAAUAUUGACUGUUGGUCAAGCAAUUAGCAUGAGAAUAUUGGACGUACGGACGGGUAGAUUAUUAUCUUCCCCUAAUACAAGACAAACUAUGACUAUAGAACAAGCGGCUAAAGAGGGUUUAAUAGAUCCAAAAUUAGCUGCCAGGUUAACCGGACCUUGCGGUAUGACGGAAGAUGGAAAUGAAGUCACGUUACUCGAAGCAAUUCAAAGAGAACUAUACGAUGCGGAGCAAGGAUUAAUUGAUCCGGCAGAGAAGAGAAUCAAGGUGACUAUUGACAAUGAAAAUCCCAGCCAAGGAAUGAGUAUAUCGGACGCAUUAAAUCGUGGCCAGGUCGAUUUGCAAAAAGGCCUCUACAGGCUUCCUAACGGAAGUUAUAUAUCUAUAGCAGAAGCCUAUCAAAGGGGUUACCUUAUUUACAAUGAGAUUAUUAAGAUAAAAUCAAGCGCUUUGUCUUUAUCCGAUGCUAUUAACCAAGAGCUAGUAGAUAAUAAUGGGUGGAUUCUGGAUAGGAACUCGGGCGAUAGGUUCCAAUUGGAAGUUGCGAUAAAAAACGAAUUAAUAAAUCCAAAUAUUCGAGAAGUAGUUGACCCUAAAAACGAUAGUAAAAUAACAGUUUCUGAUGCGAUUGAAAAAAAUAUUAUAAAUACUAAACAUUCUAAAUAUGUUCACAAUAUAACUAAAGAAAAAAUGACUUUUAAAGAAGCUGCUAGUAAACGUUUCAUUUGUAAACCAAUGACACUAAAAGAUGUUUGUGAUAGUAAUUUAAUGACAAAUGAUGGAAAAAUUUUGUCACCAACUAAUAGGACACCUUUAAAUAUUUUAGAAGCAAUAUCCGUCGGGGUGCUUGAUAGUGACAGUAUAAAAUGUGUUACCGAUACAACCACCGGACAGUUGUUAACGUUGUCAGAAGCUCUCGGCGCUAGGAUCAUUCAACACGAUAAUAAGUUCCGCGAUAAUUUAACAGGAGAAAUUUUCACUAUUCCUGAAGCAGUUGAUCGAGGUCUUAUAACCUCUGUAUCCCAAAGAUCAAUUUUCAAUAUAGAUGGUUUUAGAGAUUCAAAAACAGGUGAAUUUGUGUCUUUCAAUACAGCGUUGAAUAAAGGUAAUUUGAAAUACGUAAAUGGUGAAACUUUCCUUAAAGCAGAAAGCGGUGACUUUGUAUUUUUAGAAGAUUGUCCUAAAGUAUCCAUUGUUCGGCCAGAAGUCUUAGAAAUGUUUAACCGUAAGAUAGGUGUUACUGAGAAUGACAAAGAGUUGACUGUUUUAGAUGCAGUAUUUAAAAAUAUUCUUGAUCCUAAAACGGGCUAUCUUCUUGAUUAUUCAACUAAAAAACCAAUACCAUUUAACAAAGCUGUUGAAAUGAAUAUUAUAACUCCUGAAGGUGCAGCUUUGUUAAAUUCGUUAUUAAAUAUCACUCUUACUCUCCAAACUGUUACUAAAACUGUGAAAAGGUACGUAACUGUAACGAACACCAACACUUCCCGUAAGUCCGAAACUAUUGUUACAUUUGCUGAAGCAAUCCGGCGUGGCCUUAUAGAUGAAAAUACACAAACCUUUACAGAUCCAACAACAGGAACUGUGUUUCCCAUUCAACAAGCUUUAGAUGAAGGUUUGCUAGGUGUUGAUCAAAAUGAACCACGAAUUAUUCGGUUGUCAGAUCGCGUUACACAAAAAAAUUUAGUCCCCGGUCAAGUAGUAGAGUUGAAAAUCACUAAAAAGUCAUUUAUAAAAGAUAUGCCUAUUAGUCCGGAAAGUAAAUUACAUUAUGAUAACAGACCUGAGACCGUCAAAAGUCCUGAUUAUACUACAAUACGUGAGUCGACCCAACCUCGAGAAGAAGUUACUCGUGAGAUAAGGACUGUAACAUUAACAUCAGGCAAUUCAAAUCCAUCCGUUACGUCCCAUUCUAUAAAGAGAAACACUAUAGAGCUACCAUGUGGAGGCUGGACUCUAAAAGAGUCUAUACAACAAAAUUUGUUUAAUACCGAAACUGGCAUGUUUAUUAUUCCCGGUACUGAUAGAGUAAUGGAUCUCCAAGAAGCGAUUAACCUUAACAUUAUUAAUUCAGAAUCUGCCACGGUGGUUGAUAUGAAAACUAAAAAUGAAAUUUAUUUGCAUAAAGCAAUAGAAUUACACAUAAUAGAUAGUACUGGUCAUUAUAAGCAUUCUAGCGGUACAUUAUCAAUGAAAGAGGCUAUUGAGCGAAACUUUGUUAAAUUUGUUAUUUUGUCUACAAACAAGUCUAGUCACAAAAUUCUUACAAUUACGUCAGUGGCAGGUUUGCCGGAUAAAAUGGAAAUUUCGGAAUUACAACACGCACCGAAGCUUGUUGAAGAGUGCGAUGAUCAAUCUAUAUUAGAACCAGUCCAAGUUGCUCCCGGUGUUAUUUACGACCCAGCUACAGCAUUAGUCAUAUCGACUACAUCUGGAAUUUCUGAGAAUAUUAUUGAAGCUGUUGGUCGUGGCGUAGUUCCCAGUAGUAAUGUCCACGUUAUUGAACCAACAACUGGAAAACCAAUUUCAUAUAAACAAGCAUUAGAUAAGGGUAUUGUAGAUAAAAAAACGGGUGAAUAUAGAGAUAAAACUGGAAGAACAAUUAGUCUUGCAGAUGCUGCCAAGGUAGGCCUUAUAGCUGUUAUAGGAACGCCUUUGGUAGCAGCUUCCAAAGUGAUUCAGGUCGUAAAAAAUACAAUGGUUGUCGACCCGAACACAGGUGAAGAACUACCUCUUGAAGUGGCAUAUGAAAGGGGACUUGUUGACCCAAUAACCUAUAAAAACUAUGAAGAUUCUAUUACAGAAAAGACUUCAGAAAUAGAUACAGAUGAAUUAGUAAAACCACGAAUGACUCCUGAUACAGAAAAAGACAAAGUGUACAAAAAAGGCCUUACGGAAUCUGUUCCUUACAAAAACCAAAAAGAUUCUGUUGAGGGUGAACCUGAUUCUGAUAUUAUUCGGAAAGGACAUGAGUUUAGUAAACCUGGAUCAAGUAAGGUAUCUAUUUCACAAACCUCCAAUAAACCUGUAUCAGUUGAAGCCGCAGUAUCUGAAGGCUUUAUAACUGUUGAAUCAAUUCAAAAUAGCCUUUCAGCUGACAAUAGAAAAAUAUCAAAUAAGAAAGAAGCGUCUCAAGAGGUUGUUGAACUUUCAAAAAAUCAAUUUUCUAAGGAAUCUAAAUAUAAUACACGUGUAACAGAUCGUCAAAUCGAGUCCUAUUCAUUUGAUACAAAACCUAUAGUCUUGCAGAAGCUUCGGAAACGUGUUGUCAUGCCCAUAGAGGCCGUUGAAAUGGGCUUAAUCGACAAAGACACAGCUAAUAUUCUAGAAGCAGUUAAGUCGUAUAAAAAUGAAAAAGGCUUACCCAUUACUCUUCAAAAAGCUAUCGAGCUGGGUGUUGUCGAUGAAAAUAAGGGAAACAUCGUAGAUCCAGUUCAUGGAGAUGUGAUUCCUAUUAAAGAAGCUCUUAAACGAGGUGUUUUAGAUGGUGAGGGCCAGAACGAAGUUUUAAUACCGGUAGCUAAAAGUCUAACCAUUUCUGAUGUUUUAGAACAAGGUUUGCUACAUCCAACUACUGGAAAAAUAAUUCAUCCGGAGACGGGAAGCCAUUUAUCUUUAAGAGAAGCUAUCAUCUGUGAUAUUGUUGAUCCCUUAUCAACCCUUGUUGUGGCGCCUGGACAAGAUAUAACUCUUUCCGAUGCUAUUGCAAGAAACAUAAUAGAUGCCGAAAAGAAUGUCGUUAAAACUAGUAAUGGUGUACUUGAUUUAGUUUCUGCUGUAAAUACACAAAUAUUUGUCAAUAAAAACAGUCCUACUUUUAUUGACGACAUACCUCCGGCUGGUAUGACGAUAGCGACUGCUAUAAAACAGAAUAUUAUCGAUCCAAAAACAGGUAAUAUAAAGCAUCCUCUUACAAGUGAAAUUAUUACAAUAGGCGACGCUAUUAAUAAAGGUAUGAUAAUGAACAUACCUUUUCCCCAAUCUUCUUCUACUGUACCAAUAGAAAAAGCAAUAAAAGAUGGCAUAGUCGAUCUUCAAGGAGGUACUUUUACUGACCCUAAAACAAAGAUAAAAAUUCCGAUUGAAAAGGCUAUAGAACAAGGUUUACUUGCAAUAAAACCUAACGAUACGUCAGAAGCAGGUGAAAUGGUUACCACUAUAACCGAAACAUUCACAUCUCAACACACCAUUACUACUAAAAUGGUAGAACUCCUAGCAGAUUAUGUUUUAGUAAAUGCGAAUGAAUUGCAGAAUACCAAAACAGGUGAAAUAAUACCAAUCGACGAAGCAAGAGUUAAAGGUAUUAUUAAAGAUGAACACACUAGUAAAGAACAAUUUAUCACAAGUGACACAAAUAUUACUUUUGAUGAUGCACUAAAAUUAGGUUAUAUUGAUAUCGAACAGGGUACUUUCACUAAUCCUAAUACUGGCGAAACAGUUACAAUUUCUGAAGCUGUAAACAGCGGUCUUAUUAAUACAGAAGUUUCUGUGGAAAAAACCGUAACCCGUCGUGAUAAAUAUCAAAAUUUUGAAAUGCUUGAUCUUAAUGAAGCAUUUGAGUUACUCUUUGAUGAAAAGACUCAGAAGUUUAAAGAUCCGAAAUCACCUAACAAUGUCAUAACAUUUAAACAAGCGCUCGAAAGAAAUAUAAUUGAUUCCGAUUCGGUGAUAUACAACUUACAGGCUGGCAAACCCAUUACAUUGAAAGAAGCUCUCAGUGAUGGUUUGAUUGACAGUAAAUCUGGGAAGAUUAACGAACCUAAUACAGGAAAGUCGUUCGAUGUAAAAAAAGCAGCUAAAGUUGGUCUAGUAGCACUGGUUGCUGCCCCUGUUUUAGCAGGAAUGGCAGUCAUAGAAGGCGCUAAAAAUGUAUCAAAUAAAAUAUUGAAGCCGAAGCAAAACAUUGAUAGUAAGAUAUUAGAAGAUAUAAAAAAGGUACCGGAUACAUCUAUUAAAGUUCAAAGUAAAAUUCACACAAGUGACAGUGUUAAUAUCUUUCUCCCCUCUCCUAUACAAAAUAAAGAAUCUCGCGAAACGCCCAUUGUAAAUGAAUCUUCUUUGAAUUCAGAUUUGAAUGAAUUUACAGUUGACUUUGAACAUACAGCUAAAACCUCAGAAAUAGACUUAAAUGAAGAUCAUUUGGGUGGACCUGAUACUAAAAGUAUAAAAUCGUCCUCGUUUGAUUCACACAUAAAACGUGAUAGUCAUAACCAAACAGAAGACAAUUUUUCUCAUAAUACUGCCAUAAAAGCAGAAUUUGCUAGUAGAGAUGAUGGUUAUUUAAUCGAUAAUUCUGUAAAAUCCGUUGAAAUACCAACAACUGCGUUAAAAACUAGCGAUGUGCUUAGUGAAAAAAAUAAUGAUAAAGUAGUAAAAAAAUGUAUACCAGUCAAUGCAGAAAACGCUUAUUUAAUAAAGCCUGAAACAAAUGAGGGCAAACCAGCUCAUUCUGUAACUAAAGUGGAUUCGAAACAAACUGAAAUUCAAGAUAAAACUGGAAUCAAAGAAUUUCAUCAAACUACCCCAGAUGGUAAGGAAAUAACGACAAUAGUAAAGACAACAGUUUCUAAAACAGAACCAACUGAAUAUAUCACAGAACAUACAAGUACAAUUGUUACAACUAAGGCUUCUAAAGUAACGACAAUUGAAGUUACGCAAAAUACUUCUAAAACUUAUAAUGUUGCUGAAAUUUUUGAAAGUCAGGAACAAAGUGAACAUCCUAACUUAGUGCUAUUACCAGAUCAGGUUGACAAAGCUACUACAAUAAAAGAAGAUUCCGUUUCUACUCCAAAAAUUAUAUUUACAAAACCUGUAGAACAGACCGAGACCCCUCAUAGUAUAUCUAAAACUGAAGAUAUUCACGCAUCUCGUGUUACCAAAGUAUUGAAAACAGACGAUGUAAAUCAACAGGUAACGAAACAAAUAGAGUUCAAUAAAUCUGAACUCUUAGACAGUGCAACAGAAAUAAUUGAUAAUGGUGACGAUAUUCUUGCAGCUAUUAACAAAGGAUCAAUAACGCCUGAAUUUGUAUUAAUUAAAGAUCCAAAAUCUGGUAAACAAAUAACGUUAGAGGAUGCUAUGAAUAGAGGAAUGGUUUGCAAAAAUACUUUAGAAAUUGAAGAUAAUACAGGUAAAAAAAUCAGUUUCUCUGAUGCUACUAAGAUAGGUUUAGUUGCUAUCGUAGGUGCUCCAAUUUUAGCAGUGGCGAAAGUAGUCGACUUAGUCAAAAAUUCUGUGUCAUCAGAACCUUGCGUAGAUAAGAAAAAGGUCGAAACAAAAACACUUCGAAAUAAAGAUAUUGCAGCUAACUCUACUGUCGGUACAGAUAGAGUAAUACCACAGUCUCAAGAAAUAUUGCAAACAAAGCAUCCAGAAAUUAUCUCACGCCCAGCAGAUGAAGUUGACGAUAAUCGAAUGCAUAAAAAAUCUCCUGAACAUGCGGUAUUUGAUACUUCUAAUAAAGAAAAUGAAACAAAUGAUAAUGGUAAAACUAUAUCGGCUUUGUUCAUCGAUGCUGAAAAGCAACCUUUGCGGGUAAUUGAUGAAAUUACAGAACAAAAUGUAACUAAAGUGAAAUCCGAAUCUCUUAAGGUUAUGUACGAAAAUGUGCCUUUGAUAGAUGCAAUAGCGCAAGGUAUGAUCGAACCAAAAAUUUGUCGAAUUUUGAUCAAUGGUGUAGAAUCUCCACUUACAGUUCAAGAUUCUUUGGAGCAAGAACAAAUCAGUCGAUUCACCGCUGUCGAUAUAGUAUCUAAGAACAGUGUUAUUGUAAGAGAAAGUAAACCUCGAUAUUGCUUAUCAAUUUCUCAUAAACUUACUCCAGAGGAACUGUCUGAAAUGGGAGUGUAUGACAUUGAAAAACAAAUAUUUAUAAAUCCUAAAACUGGAGCUAAAAUUUCUUUUGAAGAACUUGUAUAUGGAUUGAAAGUUUUUGAUCCUACCUCUAUUCUAGUGAAAGAUUUAAGUUGUAAAUCUGAUAAAUAUUUACCUUUUGAUGAAGCUAUAUCGCGGCCUAUUAUUGAUAAAGCUACUGGCCACAUGGUUAAUCCUAAAACUGGUAAACGUGUAUCAUUUUUGGAAUGUGUACAAAUAGGAUGGAUAGUGGAAACUCCCGAAGAUACUUUGAUUGCGGAACAGACAACAGUUGAAGUUGCUUUUGAAAAAGGUUUGUAUAAUCCAAAAACUGGUGAAAUUAAGAAUGAAAACACAGGUGAGCUGGUGCAAAUUGGUGACGCUGUACAGAAAGGCCUUAUUGAUCAAGAAUCAUUACUCAUGAAAAUUCCCUGGAGUAAUGAAGUAGUUACUUUAUUUGAUGCUGUCGAACGUGGUAUUAUCGAAAUACGUGAAGGAUUAAUUAUAAUAGUUGAGACUCAGGAAGUUAUUGAAAUCACCGUUGCUGUUAAACGAGGCCUAAUAACCAUAGCUCGUAGGCCGAUAUCUAUUGAAGCUGUAAUUACUAAAAAUAUGUAUGAACCAACAUCUGGUAGGAUUAAAGAUAAUGUCACUGACCAAUUAUUAGCUAUUAAUGAUGCUGUUUUAAGAAAUAUUGUGCAUCCUACUAUAUCUGAGAUAAAAGACACGUCAUUAGAAAAAUUCGUUACCUUAGAUGAAGCUCUCAGCACAAAACUUAUUAACCCUGACACGGGUAAGUUGACAGACAAGAAAACCGGUAAGGACAUUCCAUUAGAUGAUGCAUUGAAAAAGGGUCUCAUAGCAACAAAAACAGUUACAUUUUCAUUGAAUGAUAUUAUUGAGCUAGGUUAUUAUUCACCCGAUUCAUGUAAAAUAUUAAAUCCGAGAACUGGAGAAACAAUCACGUUGCGAAAGGCUAUUGAAGAAAAGCUGAUUGAUGCAACAGCAAUUAAGAUAAAAGAUGAUAAAUCGGAGACAGUAGUGUCCUUUGAACAAGCAGUUAAAUCUGGUUUAAUAGAUUUAGAUCACGGUAUUAUUACAUCACCCUCGGUUAACCUUAAAGACGCGUGUGAAAAGGGAUAUUUGCUUAGCGAUGUUAAGCCUUGGUCAUUACAAGAAGGUUUAGUGCAAGGAUUUUAUGAUCCAGAAACUGGUCUAUUAACAAUAAAUAGCGCUACUAUGACACUAGAUGAUGCUAUUAAGGUUGGUAAUAUCAAUCCAGAAGUUUUAACUGUUAAGAAUUCCGUCUCCGGGGAAAUUAUUUCUCUUGCUGACGCAAUUAAAGCAGGUAUUAUUGAUUCAAAAGAAGGAAAAGUCAAAGAUCCUAUACAAGGUGAUAAAAUUUCUCUUACAGAUGCUUCUGAGCGUGGCCUUAUACUUCCCGCAAAACGUAAACUUAGUUUACCAGAAGCCGUUUUCAAAGGAUUUUAUGAUCCAAAAACUGGCAAGUUCUCUAAUCCGCAAAACAAAGAUAAAAUGCAAACUGAAAGAGCUAUAAGAAAACGUUUGCUAGACCCCCAGUCUACUUUAGUGCACAUAGGGGGUAAAGUUAUUCCAUUUGAAUUUGCUGUAGACAAGGGUAUUGUUGAUGGUAGAACUGGAACUAUUUUAUUAGGGGAUGAACGGAUAGAUUUUCGCGAAGCAUUUGAGCGAGGUAUAUUAGUAGAAGUACGUAAACCUUUAUCACUCAUGGAAGCUAUUGAAAAAGGUGUGUAUAAUGAAAUCACGGGGCUCUUUAUGGAUCCCAAAAGUGGUAAAAAAUAUACUCUUGCUGAUGCUAUCAAGAAAAAUUUAGUUGAUCCCCAUUCUGUGCAUAUACAAGACAAUAGGUUAGGCAAAUGGGAUAAGAUAACUCUACCAGAGUCUAUAGAAACCGGUGUAAUCGAUGAUAAAUCAGGAAAAAUAAAAAAUAUUAAUAGCGAUAAUGAAGAAAUAAAUCUUGCAAAAGCUUUCGAAAUAGGCUUACUCGUAGAUAGUAAAGCUCCCAUUAGUUUACAAAGAGCGCUCCACCAAGGCCUCUACGAUGAUGUCACAGGUAAAUUUAUAGACCCAUUAACCACUCGUAAAAUUACUUUGCAUGAAGCUAUUAGGCGGUCUGUUAUAAGUCCAAAACAUCUUUGUUAUUUUGAUAAAAAAUCUGAAAAACCUUUAUCAUUGACUGAAUGCUGUCGAAGUGAAAUUAUUGAUAAAAGAAACGGUAAAUUUAGUGAACCCGGUUCGGAUAUUAAAGUGCCUUUAUCUGAGGCAAUGAGCUUAGGCCUUAUUGUUGAUAUCGAAAGCGCUGGAUUCUCACUUUAUGAGACCUUAGCUAUGAACAUGUAUAAUAUAACUGAACUUAUGUUUACGCAUCCAGUUACGGAACGGAAAAUUUCUCUUAAGACUUCUAUUUCGGAAGACUUAGUUAAUCCAGAGAUAUCUCUUGUGAAAAACAUUCCUUCUAGUAAAUAUAUUAAGCUAAUGGAAGCUAUUCAAACAGGUAUUAUAGAUGAAAAUGAAAGUGUUUACAUCCUACCAAAUGGAAGUCAAAUUAAUUUAUUCGAUGCAAAGAACCGCGGUCUAAUAGUAACUUCUAAAAGAAACCUUAGUCUGGAAGAAAUAAUAAAGAAUGGUCUUUUCAGGGCUGAUAAUGGCAAAAUAGUAGAUCCUAACACUAAUGAAUUUGUAGAUAUUAAAAAAGCGAUUGAAUGUAAUCUUAUUAAUCCAGAGCUUACAAUUGUAAAGGAUAGUUCCACGGGUAAAUUUAAACCACUCUUAAACGCAAUACAAGAAGGUGAUGUAGAUGUUGCCAAAGGUAGGUUAUUAGAUACUAAAGCAAAGAAAACAUAUAGUUUAGAUAUCGCGUUUGACAAAGGUUUGCUUGUUACUAUCUUACAACCUAUAACAUCACAAAAUAUUACUAGACGUUACGUAUCAGAUAGUUCCGCACCUAAAGAACCAGUGCUUCGAGAGUUUACCUUAGAUGAAGCGAUAAAAUAUGAAUUCAUUAAUCCAGAUACAGCUUUGAUUAAAGAUCCCCAUAAAAAUAAAUAUGUACCUUUAAAGUUAGCUAUUACUGAAAGUAUAAUUGACAAUAACGCUAAGGGACUAUUUGAUACUCAAAGUGGUAAUUCACAAAUGCUCUGUUUUGUUUUUGAAAAUAGUCUAAUCGUUUAUAUCCGGGAACCUUUAACUUUUGAGCAGGCUAUUGAAAGCGGUCAUCUAAACAUAAGUACUGCUCGGUUUACUGAUCCAGAAUCCAAUAAAGUUCUUACUAUUAAAGACGCAGCUUCUUUAGGUUAUAUUGACCCAGACACAGCGCUUAUUAAGGAUAAUCUUAAAAAGAGGUUAGUUAAGCUCCCUGAGGCUUUCCGCAAAGGGUUGAUGGACGCUGAGAAGGGUAACAUUCUAGAUACAGCUACCUCGAAGCUUAAUACUCUUACCGUGGCAAUAGAGACCGGGUUGCUUAUGACGCCUAAAAAAAGUUUUACUCUCAUUGAAACUUUGAACUUUGGAAUUUAUAACCCAACUACAGGUGCACUGAACGACCCUUUUAUUACCACAAGCGUCAUUGAUCGAAAAAGAUUAACAUUAGGUGAAGCAAUCCAGCAGGGUAUAGUUGAUCCGUCUAGUACUGUCGUAAAAGAACCAGAAACAGGAAAAAUUUGUUCAUUGGUGCAAGCAAUAGAACAACAACUUGUCAACCCCAUUGAAGGCAGACUAGUUAUUGACCCGCAGAAAGGAAUUAGUCUCGAUUUGGUCAAAGCUCUUAAAAAGGGAUACUUGCUGCCAGCAGAAACGAGGCAAGCAGUUGAAGAGAAAUACAGGCUUUGCGAUGAGACUCUUUCGAAGUUAUUGGAAUGGAUCGCGGUUGUCGAAGAACGAUUGGCCAAUCAGGAAACGGUGAAAGAAGACAUGGAUGAACUUCGCAAUCAGAUCAAUAUACUCAAGCUCAUUAAAGACGAUCUUGAAAGUCACCAACGCCAAGUCUCCGCGUGCGCAGAUCAAGCGAAACAGCUUCUUGUUUCCGGUGGCGAUGUACUAGCACCACAUGAGGUUGCCGCUCUGGAACGAGGCGUGAGACAGCUAAAACAACGCUGUGACAAAUGUUCUGAUAAAUGCGAUAGGAUGCUACGACGCCUUAUCGCAGCAAGAGACGAGCUCGCCAAAUUCACGAACGAAUUAAACACAUUCAACUCAUGGAUAGAAAGUGCGUACCGAACGCUUGAGGACAAGGAAGUAGCUUUAUCCAAGUUAGACAACUUAAGCGGCCAAAGUGAAGAUGUCCGUGAAUUUGUGUCAGAUGUGAUUGCCCACCAAGCUGACCUUCGAUUCAUCACUAUGUCCGCCCAAAAGUUUGUCGAUGAAAGCAAGGAAUUUCUGACACUGCUCAAUGAUUACCGUACCACAUUACCUGCGCGGUUCUCACACGUUGCUGCCCCAGUCGACAGUGUUGUGAGGGAACAUGCGGCUAUGGCCAGGAGAAGACAUUCAGAUUUGGCAAAUAGAGCCCAGCGACUGUUGGACAGGCUCAGGACGGCCAGUGACGGAUCUGCUAGAUACAGGGAUGCGGUGCAGAGAGCCCAAAGAUGGAUGCAGACGGUGGAACCUCAAGUACGUGCAGUACUUACGGAGGCAGUGGGCGGUGAGCCUCGAGCUGUAGAGACGCAAUUGUCGCGAGCAAAGUCGCUGCACAAUGAAAUACUCGCGCAGGGACGACUGAUUGACAAUGCUAAGGAUGCAUGCGACCAACUUGUCAAAUCUCUAGAAAGCAACCUAACACCCGCUGAAAUUAGACAACUGGAAGUACCCGUAAUAGAAGUAACGGAGAGAUACAAUGAAUUGAGUGACGCUGUUGGCUCACGAUGCUCCGAGCUUGAGGCUGCAUUACUGCAGUGCCAAGGUCUGCAAGAUGCCGCCGAAACACAGGCACAGUGGUUGGCCAGCGUGGAAAAUAAUUUUAAGGGUCAAGUGAAACCAGCUUCUUUGAUCCGUGAGAGGCUUGACGAACAGGUACGCGAACAAAGGCUUAGCCACUCUGAGAUUGAAGCUCGCAGGCCGACACUAAACAAACUAUUGUCCUCGGCACGUGACGCCGCACUAACGCCAUCCAACGCCAGAAUUGCAAAGAAGUUGGAGCAAAGGGCUGAAGAUAUUUAUGCUAGGUACGAAAAACUCCUCGAGCGUUCUUUCAAACGCGGACAGUUUCUGGAAGAGGUUUCAAUAGAACUUAUGCAGUUCACGCAACAAGCUACCGCAUUAGAGUCAGCGCAUUCCCAGCUCUCCGAAUUUGCGGACGCGCGAGACGACCGACACCGGUUGGCCGAUCUUGCGAACGAGAGAGACAAACAAAUGCCGCUGUUGGAAGAAUGCCUGCGUAAUGGCAAACAGCUGAUAUCUAAGAAGGAUAUCACUGAUACUCACGUAGUACGCGACAGGAUGAAGGCUUUGGAAAACCAAUGGCGUGACUUCAACGUAUCGUUGGAAGAAAAACAAAAACUCUCACAGCAAAGGGCCAACCAGCUCAACCAAUACGAAUCACUGAGGAUACAGGUUUUAGAAUGGCUUCAAACAAUGGAAAAUCGUGUUGGACAUUUACGCCCUGUAGCCGUUGACUUAGAUAUCAUCAAACACCAGCAAGAUGAACUGAGGCCUCUCGCAAAAGAUUACAGGGACUUCUCCGUCAAUAUUGACAAGGUCAACGAAGCUGGUGCAGCGUAUGAGUCCUUGACCCGCGGAGAACGUGGUGAUAGUCCACAUAGGAAGAGACAGCUGUACAGUCCCACCAAACGACAGACGCCCAGUCGCGUUGAAGGUCGAUCACCAUCGCCCGGAAAGGCGCGCGGCUUAGUAAGUCCCGCAUCGGCGCAUUCUGCUUCUUCAGGAUUUUCCUCGCGUCGCUCCAGCCAAGACGGCUUCCAUCUUGAAGAACUUUCACCAGUGCAACAACAAAUAUCGGAAAUCAAUAACAGAUAUGAACUGCUGGGUACCAAACUAGCGGACAGACAAUCAGAAUUAGAUUCUGUCAGAGAAGAAGUCAGAAAACAUCUCGAUAGCCUCCGAGCCCUAAACGCUUUCCUUGACAAGGUCCAAAGACAACUUCCUAAGGAGUCUGUUCCAAACACCAAAGAAGAAGCCGAUAAGACAAUCAAACAAGCGCGCGCUGUACUCGAAGAGAUGUAUGAAAAGCAGAGCAUUCUGGACUCUACUAAAACCCAGGUGCGAGAACUUUUACGUCGCAAGCAAGCAGUCGAAGGUGCUGAUCGGUUACACGACGAAUCUGAAGAAGUAGCUGGCAGGUGGAAAGCGCUUCACGACGCAUUCAAAGAUAAGAUCCGUGUAAUGGAAGAAAUGAAAGACUUCCACGACACCCACGCCUCUCUAGCGCAGUGGUUGGGCUCAAAGGAACGCAUGAUGGCGGCACUUGGGCCCAUCUCUUCAGACUCGAGAGUGGUGCAAACUCAAGUACAACAGGUACAAGUUCUUCGGGAGGAGUUCCGUGGCCAGCAACCACAACUUGUUCACCUUGAGGAAGUGGCUCAUACCGUACUUCAGAGGCUACCGGAAAACGAUCCUGAUGCGAACAAGUUGCGCCAGAAACUGCAAAUACUGCAGGAUCGCUGGAACGACCUCCUCAACAAAUUGGAACACCGUGCCGAAAGUCUGGGAGCGGCUGCUGAUACAUCCAGGGAACUGGACGCAGGCCUCACUCGAUUAAGAAACGCUUUGCAUGCCAUAUCUGAUAAGCUGGACGACGUUUCGGCACAACGCGAACCCGCCGAUCAAUUGCGGGAAGUAGAGAACCUAGAAAGGCAACUGGAAGGCCAGCGUCCACUUCUCGCGGAUUUGGAAGCGGCCGGCGCUGCGCUGGCCGAUGUGCUAGCCGAUGCUGGAGCAAGACAGGACAUACAGGGCAAGCUGGCUGCAGCAGCGAGACAGUAUGAUGCCUUACAACGGAAACUGGACCACAAGAAGGCGGAGAUUGAAGCUGCACUAAAGGACGGCCGCAACCUUGAAGAGAGCAUUUCUCGAACUCUCGGCUGGUUACAAUCCGAACUGACGACGCUGCCAGGAAGACUGCAGGUGUCAGCCGAUAAGAACAAACUGCAGCAACAAGUGGCCAAACAUGAGCCACUGUACCGCGACCUGACGCAGCGUGAACACGAAAUCAUCAUGCUGCUUGACAAAGGCCGUGAGAUGGAAAAGAAACCAGCCUACACUGGGCUACGCAAGGAUCUUGACAGGAUACAGACCCAAUGGGACAAACUUAAGAGAGAAACGGUGGAUAGACAAAAUAGACUACAAACUGCAAUGGAACAUUCUCGCAAAUACAACAAAGCGCAAGAGUCCUUCCUGCCGUGGUUGUCCGAUGCUGAAGACAGGCUGGCUAAACUACCACCGGUGGCUUUCACUAAGAAAGAUGUUGAGAAACAACUUCGCGAAUUGCAGCAGAUUAGAAACGAUGUUUGGAAGAGAUCUGGAGAAUACGAGAACAACCGGACGUUGGGUGAAACUUUUAUAUCCUCUUGCGAUGUAGAUCAGGAUAUUGUUAGGAAACAACUGGAUGUCAUGAAGGAAAGAUGGGACAGCAUUAACAACGAAGUGCUCCAGCAAGUGGAAUACCUAGAGUCCACAGCGCGCAAGCUUGGAGAGUUCCUCGAAAAGGUUCGCGCUGUUGAAGCUCCAUUGGUCAGGUGCGAAGAGAAAUUAGAAGCCGCAUUGAUUGCGCCGCCAGCAGCUGCUAGAGAGGCGGUAGCCCGAUUGGUAGACCAUGUACAUGCUUUGAGGGCACCAUUGCAGAGCGUCAACAUCUCAGCCGACGAUAUCGUAGCACUUGCAAUCGAGUACGGUGGGCCGGAAGCUGGCAAUCGCGCCAGGCCCGUGUUAGAAGAGACAGCCAGAGCGCUUGCCGAACGUCUGCAAGACCUGGAGGCGAAGACCGAAGAUGCAAGAGAACGUUUGGCCGGAGCAGCUGCUGCUUUCUCACAAUUCCAGGACAAAGUGAAGGGCGUAUCCCACGAUCUGACUGACUUAGAAAAAGAGCUGGAAAGCAUGAAGUCGCCUGGACGUGAGAUCAAGACCGUGAAGGCACAGUUAGACGACUUGGGCCGUUUCUACAAGAGAUUAGAACAAGCAGAUGAUCUGGUUGCAGACUCUGAGAGAGCUGCGGAGAAUUUGGUCGAUAGUGGCUAUGCUGACUCCGCUAAAGCCAGAGAUCAGGUGGAAGGCAUCCGCAAACAGUUGGCUAAAUUGGACGAAAAGGCACGCUCGAAGGAACAAGACCUAGACGAUACUCUUAGCAAACUGGAGGCUUUCUAUAAAGCCUAUGACUCCGUUAUUGACGACGUUGAUGAGGCAUCAGAACAAGUAAGAGGCUUAAAGCCGGUGUCUUCUGAAGUAGAACAAAUUCGCGCUCAACAGAAGGACUUUGCGGACUUUAAACAAAGGACCCUCGAACCUCUUGGGGUCAACGUAUCCCAUUGCAACAAGAUAGGACAGGGCCUAGUGCGUUCCGCCUUACAAGGCGUCUCCACUCAACAGCUAGAGAAGGAUCUAGAAAAGAUGAAUGACCGCUGGAACGCCCUUAAGGAUAAGAUGAACGAACGUGAACGCCGUUUGGACGUAGGGCUGCUCCAAUCAGGCAAAUUCGCCGAGGCUUUGGCCGGUCUCGAAAAAUGGCUAGCGGACACGGAAGACAUGGUGAACAAUCAGAAACCACCUUCCGCCGAUUAUAAGGUGGUAAAGGCACAAUUACAGGAGCAGAAGUUCCUGAAGAAAAUGUUAAUGGAUCGCCAAAACUCCAUGUCAUCUCUAUUCGCGAUGGGCAACGAAGUGGCCGCUGGAUGCGACAGUGCUGAAAGAAAAUCCGUAGAAAAACAACUGAAGGGCCUAAUGCAGAGAUUCGAUGCAUUAACUCAAGGCGCCCAACAGAGAAUGCUUGACUUAGAACAAGCUAUGAAGGUAGCAAAACUGUUCCAAGAACAAUUGCAACCUCUCGUGGAAUGGUUGGGAGUGACGGAACGUAAGCUAAAGUCCUUGGAGCUUGUACCAACUGACGAAGAGAAGAUCCAGCAGAAGAUUCGUGAGCACAAGCUCCUCCAUGAUGACGUGCUAACCAAGCAACCGCCGUUUAAACAACUGACGGAGACUGCCUCUCAGCUCAUGAGCCUUGUUGGAGAUGAUGAGGCAACGACUCUCGCUGACCGCCUUCAAGCUGCGACGGACAGGUACCAAGCCCUGGUAGACCACAGUCUCAACAUUGGUGAACUUCUUGACAACUCACGCAAGGGCCUUCGCCACUUGGUGCUGACUUACCAAGACCUGUCCGCUUGGAUGGAUAGCAUGGAACAAUACUUAGCCAAGAGAAAGAUACUUCCCGUUCACAUGGAGAAGUUACUGCGACAAAUGGAUGAAUUAGCUGAAAAAACCGAAGAGAUUUCCGCAAAACAAGAAGAGGUAGACAGCACAGUGGAGUCCGGUCUAGAACUAAUGAGACACAUCUCCGGAGAUGAGGCUUUGCAACUGAAAGAUAAACUAGACGCAUUGCAAAGAAGAUAUAACGAGCUCACAUCGCGCGGUGCUGACCUGCUACGAAUUGCCUCUGAGACCUUACCAUUGGUGCAGCAGUUAUAUAAUAGUCAUACAAAGUUAACAGAAUGGAUGUCGAGCGCCGAGACUUGCCUGCAGUCCGUCGAACCGCGUGAAGAAGACAUCUUGAGAUUAGAAGCAGAGUUGCAGGAUUACCGGCCUCUUCUGGAUAACAUUAACCAAGUUGGACCACAGUUGUGCCAGAUAUCUCCAGGAGAAGGAGCAACGCACGUAGAAGGGAUGGUUACACGUGACAACCGACGCUUUGACGCGAUUGCCGAGCAAGUUCAACGCAAGGCAGAAAGAUUGCUGCUAAGCAAGAAGCGAUCACUAGAAGUCGUGGGCGAUAUGGAGGAACUAGUGGAAUGGCUCAGGGCUAUUGAUGCUCAGCUCCGCUCAGCCGAACCGCCGGCGUGCGAAGCCUCCGUGCUCCGCUCUCAACUCGCUGAGCAACGACCGCUCAGUGAUGAUGUGGCCGCUCAGCGAGUCCGCGCUAGGGAUCUACUAAGUCAGGCUAAGAAGGUCCUCCGUGAAUGCCAAUCCUCCGACGAAGCGGCAGUGAUUCGCGAAAGAAGCGAAGAAUUAAAGGAGAUGAUGGAGGAAGUGGGACAACUAAGUGCAGCGCGUCUUGCAGCUUUAGAACAAGCUCUGCCAUUGGCUGAGCACUUUGCCGAUACGCACAACGGGUUGUCCGCAUGGCUGGAUGAAAUGGAAAAGGCGGUAGGCGCUCUAGCUUUACCGGCUUUACGUCCCGACCAUAUCGCGCAACAACAAGAUAAGAAUGAGAUGCUACAACAAUCCAUCGCCGGUCACAAACCUCUUGUAGAUAAACUGAUUAAGACCGGAGAAGCUCUUUCAAAACUGUGUGGUGAAGAAGAUGCCGCUAAAGUGCAGGAUAUCGUGGAAAACGACUGCGACCGAUACAAUGCUCUUAGAGCAGAACUCAGACAGAGACAGCAAGAGCUUGAACAGGCAUUACAAGAGUCUUCAGUAUUUGCGGAAAGGUUAGAAGGCAUGGUGCGUGCGCUCUCUGGAGCUGCGGAUCAGCUACAGCGCGCCGAACCAGUCUCUGCGCAUCCACAUAAGAUACAAGAUCAAAUCGAAGAGAACAACGCUUUAAUUGAAGACCUAGAUAAGAGACAAGAAGCGUACCACGCGGUCCAGCGAGCUGCUAGCGAUGUAAUGGCAAAGGCAAAUAAGAGCGACCCGGCUGUCAGGGACAUUCGCAACAAACUAGACAAGCUUAACAAACUAUGGGCCGAAGUACAAAAAGCAUCAAGCGAGCGUGGGCAAUCGCUAGACAGCGCUUUGGAAGUAGCGCGGAAAUUCUGGAAGCAACUGGAAACUGUGAUGGCUGCUCUUGGAGAGUUGGCUGAUGCCUUGGCCGCACAACCACCGCCGGCUGCUCAACCCUCAGCGAUACAGGCGCAACAAGUGGCUCUACAGGAGAUCAGACAUGAGAUCGACCAUACUAAACCUGAGGUAGAAAAAGCCCGCAAAACAGGCUCUACCCUCAUGUCAAUUUGCGGUGAACCAGAAAAGCCCGAGGUUAAGAAGCACAUGGAAGACCUUGAUAGUGCAUGGGAUAACAUCACCGCGCUUUACGCGAGAAGAGAGGAAAACCUCAUCGAUGCCAUGGAGAAAGCCAUGGAGUUCCAUGACACGUUGAAGAAUCUAUUAGCAUUCCUGGAUAAAGCCGAGGAUAAAUUCUCGCGAAUGGGUGCUUUGGGCUCCGACAUCGACGCAGUUAAGCGGCAGAUUGCGCAGCUUGCAUCCUUUAAACAAGAGGUCGAUCCGCAUAUGGUGAAGGUUGAAGCUCUCAAUAGGAGUUUGACGAGGCAAGCAGCAGAGCUUACGGAACGUACGUCGUCUGAGCAAGCGGUGGCAAUCAAGCAGCCUUUGAGCGAAGUCAAUGCACGAUGGGCAGCAUUGUUGCGUGGCAUGGUUGAGAGACAGCAGCAACUGGAACGAGCUCUUUUAAGGCUUGGACAGCUGCAGCAUGCGUUAAGAGACACUCUCGCUUGGAUCAAACAUACCAGCGAUACGCUCGAUACGCUAACUCCGGUGGCGGGAGAUCCUCAAAUCCUGGAAGUAGAAUUGGCAAAACUGAAAGUGCUAGUCAACGAUAUAGCGGCGCAUCAAGCCAGCGUUGAUACCCUCAACGAAGCUGGAGCGCAAAUUGUGCAGCAGGGUACGGGUUCAGACGAAGCAGGAGAAACAGCAGAAAAGUUGGCCACAUUGAAUAGAAAGUGGCGCGAAUUACAACAAAAGGCCAGGGACCGACAAGCUGAAUUAGAAGAUGCCCUGCGAGAAGCUCAGAGUUUCAACGCCGAGAUCGGUGAUUUACUUUCAUGGUUGUCGGAAGUGGACAGUGUGAUUGCAGCCUCAAAACCAGUUGGUGGCCUUCCAGAAACUGCAACUGAACAACUUGAGCGGUUUAUGGAGGUAUACAAGGAGAUCGAAGCAAACCGACCAAAAGUGGAAGCUGUGCUUCAACAAGGUCAGGAAUAUAUCAAGCGGCAAGACAAGCCCAACCUAACCUCUCAACUACAUCUCAACUUGAAGAACUUGAAAUCCAGAUGGGAUAAUGUUACAUCAAGGGCAUCUGAUAAGAAGAUUAAAUUGGAAAUAGCUCUGAAGGAAGCUACGGAGUUCCACGAUGCUCUACAGGCCUUCGUUGACUGGUUAACUAGUGCCGAGAAAACUCUUACCAACGCUAAAUCGGUUUCAAGAGUUAUGGAAACAUUGCUGACUCAAGUGGAAGAACACAAGGCAUUCCAAAAAGAGGUAUCCACGCAUCGUGAAACUAUGCUUCAGCUAGAUAAGAAAGGAACCCAUCUUAAAUACUUCAGUCAAAAGCAGGAUGUCAUCCUCAUUAAGAACUUGCUGGUAUCCGUACAGCAUCGUUGGGAACGUGUGGUUUCUAAAGCAGCUGAAAGAACGAGGGCUUUGGACCAUGGGCUUAAGGAGGCCAAGGAGUUCAACGAUAUGUGGACCAAUUUGAUGAACUGGUUGGGUGAUACCGAGCAGCAACUGGACCAGCUCAACUCUGAAACGACAGUAAACGAUCCCGAUAAAAUCAAACUCAGAUUAAACAAACACCGAGAGUUCCAGAAAGCGCUCGCAGCCAAGCAGCCUGUUUACGACCAGACUAGCAAAGUUGGCAAACAACUCAAGGAUAAGGCCCCGAAGUCUGAUGAACCAGUACUUCGCAACAUGCUCACGGAUCUUAAAACCAAGUGGACCACCGUUUGCUCCAAGGCUGUGGAUAGACAACGCAAGCUAGAAGAGGCAUUGCUCUACUCUGGGCAGUUCAAAGAUGCGAUGUCAGCUCUCCUGGACUGGCUUCAGAAGCAAGAAAAGGAACUAUUCGCAGAAUCCCCUGUACACGGCGACUUAGACACUGUUAUGGCGCUUAUCGAACAACAUAAGCAAUUUGAAGAGGACCUGCAUUCAAGGGAACAACAAAUGCAAUCUGUUUUGAGGACCGGCAAAGAUUUGGAAGCUACGGUACCGCCAGAAGAUGCUACCCAUAUAAGAAAACAAUGCAGUGAGUUGAAGAAGGCAUGGGAUACAGUGCAAAGCCUAAGCGAGAAGAAGGCGCACAGAUUAGAAUUGGCAUUGAAAGAGGCGGAACGUCUACACAAAUCGGUGAACAUGUUACUCGAGUGGCUCUCCGACGCGGAAACCAAACUCCGAUUCUCUGGACAACUGCCCGAAGGUGAACAAGAGACGCAGCAACAGUUACGCGACCACGAACGAUUCGCGCGAGAACUGACAGAGAAACAGAAAGACAAAGACGACACCAUCGCCCUUGCUCAUUCCAUCCUCAGCAAAGCACAUCCUGACGCGGUUACGGUCAUCAAACAUUGGAUAACAAUCAUACAGAGUCGGUGGGAUGAGGUAUGGCAAUGGGCGAUGCAGCGUGGUGGCAAGCUGGAAACUCACUUACAGAGUCUCAAAGAUCUGGAUCUCGUUCUCGAGGAGCUAUUGCAGUGGCUCACUGGACUUGAAACCACACUAAUGACCUUGGAAGCGGAAUCAUUACCAGAGUCGAUCGAGCUUUUGGAAGGUCUCAUAGAAGACCAUAAGGACUUGAUGGAGCAUACGCAAAAACGACAGAACGAGGUCGACCGUGUCUGUAAAGCCUACCAGGUUAAGAGCCAAAGUCAAGGCCGCGAAUCAACACCGCGUAAAGUUUCAGCUAAAAUUGCAACCAAAGGAACACCGAGCCGUGGCUCGCAGCACGAUCUUCAUAGGGAGAGAUCGGUGUCGCCUGAUUAUUAUGGCAGUAGACGUUACAGGUCCAGGAUUCACAGUCGAAGUAGACGAGGAAGUCGCGUGAGUCCGGGCCGAGAUUCUCCGGACCGCCACCUGCCGCAUUAUGGGCCGCGAUUCCCGCCGAAAGGAAGCAAAGGGGCAGAACCGGAGUUCAGGUCACCACGUGUUAAGCAACUUUGGGACAAAUGGCGCACAGUAUGGCUGCUUGCGUGGGAGAGGCAGAGACGCCUACAUGAGCGUCUGGCUCAUUUGAAGGAGUUGCAACGAGUCUCAAACUUCAGCUGGGAUGAUUGGAGAAAGCGGUUCCUGAAGUUCAUGAACCACAAGAAGUCUCGCCUUACCGACCUAUUCCGGAAGAUGGACAAAGAUAACAACGGGCUCAUAUCGCGUAACGAAUUCAUCGACGGAAUCAUCAACACCAAAUUCGACACAUCGCGAUUGGAAAUGGGCGCAGUGGCAGAUUUGUUCGACAGAAACGGUAUUGGCCUCAUAGACUGGGAAGAGUUCAUCGCUGCGCUCAGGCCAGACUGGGUGGAAAGGAGAGGUCCGCCAUCGGACGCGGAUAAAAUUCACGACGAAGUUAAACGCCUUGUAAUGCUGUGCACAUGCCGGCAGAAGUUUAGGGUAUUCCAAGUUGGAGAAGGAAAAUACAGGUUUGGAGACUCGCAGAAACUACGCCUCGUUCGCAUCCUACGUUCCACCGUCAUGGUGCGCGUAGGCGGCGGCUGGGUGGCGCUCGACGAGUUCCUAGUCAAGAACGAUCCUUGCAGAGCGGAGGAGUUUAUGGAGCAGCUAAGGCCUAUAUUUGAGGCUCUCAGGCAACGGGAGGAGCUUCCGUGUUCGUACCCGCUCCACGUGGGUUCAACACAUGGCACUAAGCAAGCUUUCAUUUACGGCCAUUCAAGAUCGCAAGGAUCAACGACGCCUGGCGCUCAUCACUAUACACACCACCAUGGAUACCAGCCUUCUCCGGGAUACCACUGGGUACGAGAGCGCACAGUUCGUUCAGUGCCAAUGUCAACGGGUGCAGCUGCUGGUCGUGCCUCGAGGUCUUCUCUAAGCGCGGGAACACCUGACUCGCUUAGUGAUAACGAAGCUGCUAGUGGUCUCGGUCAAAGAUAUAGAAAACCUAGUGUGCCAAGAUCAACAUUGACGCCAAGUGGUUCACGGCCAGGAUCCAGACCAGGUUCAAGGACUGGAUCGAAGCCACCAUCUAGACAUGGAUCAAAUUUAUCUCUAGACAGCACAGACGAAGUUUUAACUCCAUCUCGCAUACCUAUGCGGAAAGUGACAAGUACGCGUACAUCUACAGCCCGAGCGGCCGCAAAUGCCAGUAAGUUGGGAGUUACAACACCCAAUGGUGGAUCCCGCCCAAGAACUCCUACCGGAUUCCUGACGCCAGCAAGCGGAAGGUUACCUAGCGGGACGAUGUACCGCACAUCCAGUAUUCCGACACUCUCACCGGUGCCGGCGUUAGUAAGUUCAACACAUUCCCAGCCAUCUUCAAUGGCAUCUGAACCACCCAAAUCCCUUACUCAUACUCAUCCUGCAUUCCAAAUCCAGGGACCUACCAAAAUUCCUGUGUACGUCGGAACCAGAUCGCAACGAACACCAUCUGUGGAACGAAAGUUUAAAACUACCCGUAAAUCUCAGUCUAGAGAUGCUUCUCAAGAUCCUAGUCCUAUUUCCCAUGAUCCUAAAUCUGACCAAAGAAGUCCAGAAGAUGAUUCCUCACUGUUCAGCAUAUCAGGAAUGACCAGUGACAAUGAAUAUGAAAGUAAUAUAAGCGAGUCGAGCGGAGAAGCAUCAAAGCCAACCCAACGAGAUAUCAGAGGGAGUGGGUCGUUUGCCUUCACCGAGGGACAAACUCCCGGCAGAAGUCGCAUACCGGUGCCUAAGGAGACAAAUAGUCAUACUAGACAACGGACGCCAUCUGGAAGUACUACGCCAGUGCGCCCUGGGCAGCAGACUGCCGCGUCGCGCCUGUUGAGGCGGCCAUCUGAUGCCACGGACAGCGGCGCACCGUCUACUCCUGUCACCCGACGUACAUCUGCGUCAACCACAAAAACCACGGAGAAACGAGAACCUUUUCGACUAUAGACAAAACAAUUUACAAUUCAAUAUCAUUCCCGUCAGAAUUUCGUCAUAUUGAUAAUGUUGUAAUUAUUUUCAAUGUGGCGAAAUUUUGUUUCGAUUUUUUUUAAUAACGUGUAGUCUGCUGAUCGCUUUGAUUUAUUACUUGAAAUAUAAUCUAAUGCUGUUUUCGCAAAUUUGUAUUUUUUAUUUGUAAGCUAGUGUAUGUUUAAUAUUGUUACAUGCGUUCAAAUAAAUCAGAGCGUCAGCAUUAGCUACACUUUUAAGUGUCGAUGAAACGAUUAUAUUACUAACAGUAAAUUAACCCAUUCGCGAUUUAAGCCAAGCUUGUAUAAAAAUUGCGAUGUUGGCUUCUAAUAAGUAACAACUAUAGAUUGUAGUAAAACAUAAAGUCUGCACUCGUUGCCUUGUAUACUUAUUUUCUACGAUCCCUGCCACUUUACACGUUGGAUUUUUGUGCUUUCAGUAUUUAUUUACUGAUCAAAUUGAUUUAAUUUUUCUGUUUCAUUGUGAAUACUUUCUUAUUUAUUGUCAAAGUUGCCAUAAUUGUUAGUGUAUGUUAUAUACGUAUUAGUUCUACUAGGGACAGAGAGUGUGAUUUUGUAAACGUUUUUGUAUUUUUUUCGUUUAGGGACCAUUUUGUUUAAGGAAUAUCCAUUUGUAGGCAAUUACCGGUUACCACAUUUACUUAGAAGCAUUUGCAUAUAGUAACGCCAGACUAUAUGCUUUUGAUAAACUUCUUAAAGAUGUAACUGGUUAAUAUUUGAGGUGAUAAUAGAGUAAUUAUGUUCGUUUGUAAUGCACAAUCAUAUUUCCUCUUAUUUUGAUAUGUCCAUUUGAUUUUCUUUAUAGAAGAAUAAUAAUUUAUAAACAAUCGUAGGAUUUUACUUUAUGUAUGUGAUUAUUUAUAUACUUAAGCACAAUAUAUUUAUUGUGGUCGCAAUAAAAAAAAUCAUUGAACUGGUAACCAAAAUUUGAUACUGUCGAAUUACGCCAGAGUCGUAUGGAUCUGUUUAUGAUUACCAGAAUUUUAUCACUAUAAGAAAUUCCAUAGCGGACUUUUUAUUUUAUUUAGUGCAUAACUAAAGAACACAUUGUCUUCACAAAAGACAUUUACUUAAUAAAGCUAUAUUAUGGAUAACAUUUUUUAUAAAUAAAAAGAGCGCUUUAAUAUGUAAUCUUCCCUAAAAAGUUAACCAACACUCACAUUUACUUGUUAUUUUUAUUAUAAAUCUGACUAAGAAUAGGCCUUUAUUAUUAGAAAUAUUGUAAAACUAUUAAUCUGGUCAUUUUUAUUUAAAUCAUUGUUGUAUUUGUUGAAUGUAAAAUCAAAGCAAAUUUACUAAAAGCUUACAAUAUUUUUUUGUAUAAAAUUAUGUA